AUGCCCAAGCCUUCCCAGACACUCUCGAGAAUCUUCGACUCGAUACGCAUGAUCCGUCAUCCGGACGCUGCCGUGAUUCUCUGGAUGGUCGCUUCGUCCUACGGAAUCUACUAUACCUUCCAAGUGGCCCAUUCCGUCAUCUUCAAAGACCUAUACAACUACAACGAGCUACAAAUCGGACUAAGCUUCCUACCUGCGCUGGCUGGCAUGACAAUCGGCGGGACGAUAGCCGGCAAACUCAUGGACAUAAACUACGCGCACCACGCGCGUCAAGCCGAGAUUGUCGACCCAGCGAACAUUCUGGACUUCCCAAUCGAACGCGCUCGAUUCAGGAAUAUGGUUCCAUUGAUUCUAAUCGAGACGGCACUGGUGAUAGGCUAUGGAUGGACGGUGCAACAACACACUCACCCUGCCGUCCCUCUUGUACUGGAAUUCUUCGUUUCCGCACUGGCUACGCUGCUGAGUCAUACUGCGAAUGCGCUGCUCGUGGAUGUGUUUCCUGAAGUACCGAGCACGGCGUACGCGUCGGGUCAGCUUGCGCGAGGGGCGUUUAGUGCUGCGUCUGCUGCUAUCAUUGAUCCUCUGGUGCGCGCUGUGGGUCGCGGGUGGUACUUUACCAUCUUCGCGGCGUUUACCGAGACGGGCUGUUUAACAGCGAGUCGCGAGUCUGGAGAGAGCGCGAGUAACCAGGGAGUUUGA